CGCAGAUCACUCACAGAUAUCUCCAGCCAUUUCCGGCUCGGCACGCUUUGCGCCAUGGAUCUCGCGAACUCCAUCUUUGCCGUGGUGGGGGCUUGGCUUCUGGGCUACAGGCUACUGCUCAACACGCCCUGUCGCGCUGCGGUGGAGGUGAUUACUACGUUGGUGAGCGGCGCCUCGCUGGCGCUCUUGGCGCCCUUCCUGCCCUGGCCCCCGCCCCCGGGCAGUGUGGUGACCUUGGCGGUGAUUGGGAUGCUGCUUAGCGGCGGCACGCCGUGCGGCUCCCUCUUCGCAGCCUUGCUGCUCUCCUUGAGUCUAGGCGUGGGCCUGGGCGGCUACGCCUGGCAGCUGGGCGCCUGCCGUGCCGAGGAGCACCUGGAGGUUCCAGACCUCCACGGCAUCUUUCUGACGCUCACUAGCCUGAGUUUCGUCAUUGUCUUCGUGUGCACCCCAGGAGUCGCCGGGCCAAGCACCAUGAAGGUAGUGCUGGCGCCGUGUCUGGGCGCGCUGCUCUUCACUUCGGGCCUCGCGGCCUUGGUGCCGAAGCCCUUCGCCCUCACGGCCGUCGAGCUCUUGGCCGAGGGGCCUUGCACGCCGGGGCACCUUCCGCUGCAGAGCUUCGGCGCCUGGGCGGUGGUGGCCCUGCUGGGCAUUGCCCUGCAAGUGGUCUACCUCUUCUUCAGAAGCCGUGAAGGCGACAAUGGUCGCCUGCAUGAGCGACUACUGCCAGACGCGGAGGAGGGGCAGGCCGGUGCGGCCAACAUCCCCCGACCCGGGGAGGGCGGCAAGGAUAGGUACGAGACGCUCAGGAAGGCCAUUGACGCACCAGAAGAUGCCGACCUGUCCCACCUUUCUGAAGUAGACCGCCAAAUCGUGGACAUUUGCCGCAAGGACGAGUUCGAGCGGGACCGUGUCCUAUGGGGAGGGGGACUGAUUUGAGGGGGCAUAUGCCCCUGCUCAGGCCUGCAUCCAGUUAUUUUUCCAGCAGCUGGAGGGUGCAGCAUGGGCAGGUGUUUUGGG